GAAUUUGCUACUCCUCAGUUGGUCACUCUUCAGUCUCUCAAGUAGCUGAGUAGCUGAGUCACCUCACAGGCACCCCACAGCUGCCUGCCUUUGUUCAGAUUCCCUCCCCGAUUGUGUUAGCCUUGCUCUCAGCAGCAGGUCAGUGCAGGACUGUGCGCAUCACAAGCCUUCAGAGAGGAGCAGUCUCUCCAUUCUGCUUAUCUGUUUGUACUGCAGUCGCCUCUAGAGGUGGGGUCCACUUUCUGUUUGAAGAGCUAAGUUUUUUCUUUCUCUUCCCACCGUCCUUUCCAUCAGUUCUCUCGCCUCUGAAGCUGGUCCUGACAACCAUCCUCAGUUCCCUGCAUGAAAAAUUAUUUAAACAUUGCACACAAAUCUUUGUGAAAGAAGAAAAGAAAAUUCAGCUUGUGGGUCUCAGCAGGAGUGAAGCUAAUGCAGCUUAAAAUAAUGCCGAAAAAGAAGCGCUUAUCUGCAGGCAGAGUGCCCCUGAUUCUCUUCCUGUGCCAGAUGAUUAGUGCGCUGGAAGUACCUCUUGAUCCAAAACUUCUUGAAGACUUGGUACAACCUCCAACCAUCACUCAACAGUCUCCAAAAGAUUACAUCAUUGACCCUCGGGAGAACAUUGUAAUCCAGUGUGAGGCCAAAGGGAAACCUCCUCCAAGCUUUUCCUGGACACGCAAUGGGACUCAUUUUGACAUAGAUAAAGAUCCUCUGGUCGCUAUGAAGCCUGGCUCAGGAACACUCGUAAUCAACAUCAUGAGUGAAGGGAAAGCAGAGACCUAUGAAGGCAUCUAUCAGUGUACAGCAAGGAACGAACGCGGAGCUGCGAUUUCUAAUAACAUUGUCAUACGCCCGUCUAGAUCGCCAUUGUGGACCAAAGAAAAACUUGAACCAAUAAUUCUUCAAAACGGCCAGCCAUUAGUACUUCCCUGUAGACCUCCCAUUGGAUUACCACCAGCUAUAAUAUUUUGGAUGGAUAACUCCUUUCAAAGACUUACACAAAGUGAGAGGGUUUCCCAAGGUCUGAAUGGAGACCUCUAUUUUUCCAAUGUCCUCCCAGAAGACACCCGUGAAGACUAUAUCUGUUAUGCCAGAUUUAAUCACACUCAAACCAUACAGCAGAAGCAACCUAUUUCUCUGAAGGUGAUUUCGGUGGAUGAAUUGAAUGACACUAUAGCUGCUAAUUUGAGUGACACUGAGUUUUAUGGUGCUAAAUCAAGUAGAGAGAGGCCACCAACAUUUUUAACUCCAGAAGGCAAUGCAAGUCACAAAGAGGAAUUAAGAGGAAAUGUGCUCUCAUUAGAGUGCAUUGCAGAAGGCCUGCCUACCCCACUUAUUUACUGGAUAAAAGAAGAUGGAACACUACCCGCCAACCGAACCUUUUAUCGGAACUUCCAGAAAACCUUGCAGAUCAUUCAAGUUUCAGAAGCAGACUCUGGAAAUUACCAGUGUAUAGCCAAAAAUGCAUUAGGAGCCAUUCAUCAUACCAUUUCUGUCACCGUUAAAGCGGCUCCAUAUUGGAUCAUGGCACCCCGAAAUCUUGUGCUGUCCCCGGGAGAAGAUGGGACCCUGAUCUGCAGAGCUAAUGGCAACCCCAAACCCAGAAUUAGCUGGUUAACAAAUGGAGUUCCAAUAGAAAUUGCUCCUGAUGACCCCAGCAGAAGAAUAGAUGGUGAUACCGUAAUUUUUUCAAAUGUUCAAGAAAGUUCGAGUGCGGUUUAUCAGUGCAAUGCCUCUAAUCAGUAUGGAUAUUUACUGGCAAAUGCAUUUGUCAAUGUGCUCGCUGAGCUCCCACGAAUUCUCACAUCUGCAGACACACUCUACCAGGUCAUUGCAAACAGGCCUGCUUUCCUAGAUUGUGCUUUCUUUGGGUCUCCUCUGCCUACCGUUGAGUGGUUUAAAGGAGCUAAAGGAAGUGCUCUUCAUGAAGACAUUUAUGUUUUACAUGAAAAUGGAACUUUAGAAAUUCCUGUGGCCCAAAAGGAUAAUGCAGGAACCUACACAUGUGUUGCCAGGAAUAAAUUAGGGGUGGCGAAGAAUGAAGUUCACUUAGAGAUCAAAGAUCCAACAAGGAUCAUUAAACAGCCGGAAUACGCAGUUGUACAGAGAGGGAGCACAGUGUCCUUUGAAUGCAAAGUGAAACACGAUCACACCCUAAUCGCCGCUGUCACGUGGCUGAAGGACAAUGGUGAGCUGCCCAAUGAUGAAAGGUUCACUGUUGACAAGGACCACUUGGUGGUAACGGACGUCAGAGAUGACGAUGGGGGGACCUACACGUGUGUGGCCAACACGACUCUGGAUGAUGUUUCGGCCAGCGCCGUGCUCAGUGUUGUUGCUCCUACUCCAACUCCAGCUCCCAUUUACGAUGUCCCCAAUCCUCCCUUUGAUUUAGAAUUGACUAAUCAACUGGACAAGAGUGUUCAGCUCUCCUGGACCCCAGGAGAUGACAACAACAGCCCUAUUACAAAAUUCAUCAUUGAGUAUGAAGAUGCUAUGCAUGAGGCAGGGCUGUGGCACCACCAGGCUGAAGUUUCUGGAACGCAGACCACAGCCCAGCUGAAGCUGUCUCCAUACGUGAACUACUCCUUCCGGGUGAUGGCCGAGAACAGCAUUGGGAGGAGCCUGCCCAGCGAGGCCUCUGAACAGUACCAGACCAAAGCCGCAGAACCAGAUAAAAACCCCACGUCUGUGGAAGGAUUGGGAUCAGAGCCUGAUAAUUUGGUGAUUACGUGGAAGCCUUUGAAUGGUUUCGAAUCAAAUGGGCCAGACCUCCAGUACAAAGUGAGCUGGCGUCAGAAAGAUGGCGAUGAUGAGUGGACAUCUGUGGUUGUGGCAAACGUAUCCAAGUAUAUUGUCUCUGGCACACCGACCUUUGUCCCAUACCUGAUAAAAGUUCAGGCCCUGAAUGUUGUGGGGUUUGCUCCGGAGCCAGCUGUAGUCAUGGGACAUUCUGGAGAAGACCUCCCAAUGGUAGCUCCCGGAAAUGUGCGUGUGAGUGUGGUGAACAGUACCUUGGCUGAGGUGCACUGGGACCCGGUGCCUCUGAAAAGUAUCCGAGGACACCUGCAAGGCUACCGGAUUUACUACUGGAAGGCACAGAGUUCUUCCCUAAGAAACAGACGGCACAUUGAGAAGAAGAUCCUCACCUUCCAGGGCAGCAAGACCCACGGCAUGCUGCCCGGGCUGGAGCCCUUCAGCCACUACACGCUGAAUGUCCGUGUGGUCAACGGGAAGGGGGAGGGCCCGGCCAGCCCCGACAGAGCCUUCAGCACUCCUGAAGGAGUCCCCAGUGCUCCCUCAUCUUUGAAGAUUGUGAAUCCCACACUGGACUCUGUCACUCUGGAAUGGGAUCCACCAAGCCACCCAAAUGGCAUUUUGACAGAGUACACCCUAAAAUAUCAGCCAAUAAACAGCACACAUGAAUUAGGCCCUCUGAUAGAUUUAAAAAUUCCUGCCAACAAGACACGCUGGAUUUUAAAAAAUUUAAAUUUCAGCACUCGGUAUAAGUUUUAUUUCUAUGCCCAAACAUCCGUAGGACCAGGAAGUCAAAUUACAGAGGAAGCAAUAACAACUGUGGAUGAAGGUAAGAUGGCUGGUAUUCUUCCACCUGAUGUAGGUGCAGGCAAAGUUCAAGCAGUAAAUCCCAGGAUCAGCAAUAUUACUGCUGCAGCUGCUGAGACCUCUGCCAAUAUCAGUUGGAAAUAUGAGGGACCAGAGCAUGUGAACUUUUAUGUUGAAUAUGGUGUAGCAGGCAGCAAAGAAGAAUGGAGAAAAGAAAUUGUAAAUGGUUCUCGAAGCUUCUUUGGGUUAAAGGGUCUAAUGCCAGGAACAGCAUACAAAGUUCGAGUUGGUGCUGAGGGGGACUCUGGUUUUGUGAGUUCAGAGGCUGUGUUUGAGACAGGCCCAGCAAUGGCAAGUCGGCAGGUGGACAUUGCGACUCAGGGCUGGUUCAUAGGUCUCAUGUGUGCUGUCGCUCUCCUUAUCUUAAUCUUGCUGAUUGUUUGCUUCAUCAGAAGAAACAAAGGUGGCAAAUAUCCAGUUAAAGAAAAGGAAGAUGCCCAUGCAGAUCCUGAAAUCCAGCCCAUGAAGGAAGAUGAUGGAACUUUUGGAGAAUACAGGUCUCUUGAAAGUGACGCAGAAGACCACAAGCCUUUGAAAAAAGGAAGUCGAACACCUUCAGACAGAACUGUGAAAAAAGAAGAUAGUGAUGAUAGCCUGGUUGACUAUGGUGAGGGGGUGAAUGGCCAGUUCAAUGAGGAUGGCUCUUUCAUUGGACAGUACAGUGGUAAGAAAGAGAAAGAACCAGCUGAGGGAAAUGAAAGUUCAGAGGCACCUUCUCCUGUGAACGCCAUGAAUUCUUUUGUUUAACCUUUAAGCUCUUUGUCAGUGUCCCAUUUCUCUAGGAUAUUUAUCUUAAGCACUUGUUUGUCAGAACUCUUAUACUAUGAAUAUAUGGGUUGAAAGUAUGCUUUCUUUGCUCUAUGUUAAUAUUAUGAGCACAGUGAAAUCAAGAACAUAACUCAGUCGAAUGGUAUGUUAACGUGAACUUGAGUGCAAAGUGCAUAUACUUUUUCAUUUAAUGUGGGGUGUUUUUUUUUUUAACUUCCUCAGAACUUGAUCAAAAUAAUGCAACACCAUCAACAUAUCAUAUUAUUUCCUCUUCGUCAUACAAUAAGAUGCAUGGAAAAUGCUACACAUUUAAAGAACAUACCUGUGUAUGUUACUGAAACAUGGUUUGACAGUUUGUUUAUACUAUCCUCAGCUGAACCCCUAAAUAUGAAUUCCGUUUUCAUUGUUGAGAGUGUUACUGUAGUAUUUUCUAGAACUUCAAUGUCUUUGUGGACAUUGUUGUGAAAUUGGUGACUCUACGUCUAGCUGUUGUUAGUCUUUUUGGGAGACUAUUAGGAACAAUAUGUACAGUAUAUUCUUGCUAAAUGAGUUAACUAUGACAGUUGCAUUUGCUGAUGCUUACUGAGACUCUGUUACCUGCUUUUUGCUCCUGUUACUUCAUAGGCUUCUUAAUCUUCCAGGUAUUACAGCAACACAGUGUUCUACUUUUUACAUUAUUAUCUCUAUAUUCAGUUAUUUUUAAGCAAAAACAAUGGGUAUUGCCAUGCAUUUUGGCGUUUGUGCCAUACUGAAGGAAUUGAAAGCAAAUCACCCAAAUUAAAUUUCAAAAAUUAUUCCAGAAAACACAGGGCAAGACACAUGCAGUGCCUUCAGACAAUAAGCAUUCCAUAGCAUACCACAUUCUCUAGCAGCUGAUAUGGUCAGCUCCAUCCUACACUAAUGUCAUUGUCAAAAAGUAACUUUUAGAAAGCAGAGAUAAUGAAAACUGCAAGACUGAAAAAAAAAGAAAUAUGAAAAUAUAAAUGGUAAGACAUCAUUUUGAGGAGCGUUUCCCCAUAAAUAUAAAAAGAAGAGCUCUAUCAUUAACUGGGGGCACAUGAUGAUUUUUGUGAUCUUUUAUAGUUUCUAUUCGGACAAGUCACAUUCAGUAAGAAAAUGGCAACAUGAUAGAAAAUUAAUAGAAAAACAAAAAAGUUACCUUAAAGCUAAAAACAUAUUCGAGCAUGCCAACCAUAAUACAUUAUUCUAAGGUUUUACCUGUGUGAACUUUUGCAGUUCUCUGCAGCAUUAAGCAAUGUGUACACAAAUUGCAAUGGACACAUUACAGAAUCUGACAAGUGCUUAAAAGACCAACAGUCAAAAGGAAUUAUAUCUGCAUUUUAAAUAUAUAUAUAUAUAUCCUAUCAUAUUCAUAAACAAUAUCUACCAAAUGGUUAACCUCCAAAUAUGAAAAUCUAUAACAACCUAUGGUUGAAGGAAUGCUCAGUUUCAUUUGCCAAUAAAUUGGUUUCUCAUAACUUGCAUCAAGUUUAAUUUUAAGUAAAGCUUUUAUAUGUAGAUAUUUUGUUGAAUUUGUAAAUAUACUUAAAGUGUAGAUGAUGCAGUAUGCUUACAGGUAUUACCUACAAAUAAAUAGCAACCAAUGUUCAUGUUGUACUGUGCAAGAAGUAAGCUAAUUAAUACAGUGUGUGGGGUUGCAAAGCAUCUUUUUGUAUGUGUUUUUUCCCUAUUUUUGCUGUGAAACUGAAAUAGUGAACUUUUCUCCAUACUGACAGCAGAUUUCUAGCUGAAAUCCUCAGAGCUUUUCCUGUGGAGCACAGUAGGCUUUGUGACCAGGUGUCUUUGACAUAUGCAGGUAAAGCAUAAUUGAGAGUAAUCCCAGGUCAAGAUGGCACUAAAUGCUUCCAUGUCUCUAUAUUCACAUUUUAUGGAUCCACCUAUCUAUUGGAAAUACAAAAAAAUAAAACAGGUUUGUCUUGGCAUCAAAGAGCACAAUGAUAAGUUACUUUAAAUUUGUCAAUGUUUGAGAGAACAAUAAAAGCAUAGUUUUUACUCUUCCAUAAUGGUAGAUGCUAAAUUUAUCUGUGCAUGAAAGAAUCACUUCUCAAAUAAUGCAACAGAUUUUGUAUUAAAAAUUAAAUGUGGUUUUAAAAGUC